CUCAUAUACCGUGCACCAACCACAGGAAGAGUGGGAGAGGGAGAGGAGAGGUGGACCACGGAGCGGUUAACCUCAUGACAUCACAAGCUCUGAGCUGAUUGGCUGCUGCCAGAGGCUAGAGGGUUUAUAAACCUUGCCUUGGUCUCAGCAGCACCAUCACCGAGCAGCAAACAACAUCCAGGGAAAACCAGGAGAUAAACUCAAGAGUCUGUCUGUUUCUGCUUGACGUCCCUGCAGCCGCUCGAAGAACUCCCAAAGCUUCCUCCAACUGCAAACAAGACACCAAACUGUGACACAAUGAAAGUGGCUGUUGUAUUCAUUCUGCUCUUCGCCACAGUUCUCUGCCGACCGGCGAGAAAAGUUUCUGACAGCAGUUCAGAGAGCUCUGAAGAAGUGGUGAAACAAUCAGAAGUUCCAGCCAUCAAGACACAGGAGGGAGAAGCAUCCGUACAGGCGGCAGCAGAGGUCACAUCUGACAGCGCAGACCCAGCCUCAACCUCAACCCCAGAUACAGUCACUGUCACCAGUGACAGCGAGGACAGUGACGACAGCGAUGACGAUGAGGAUGAAUCAGAGGAAAGUGAAAGUGAAGAGGAGGAUGAGGACGAUGAAUCCAGCGACAACUCGGAGUCGGGCGAGGCCUCCACCCCGGCUCCAACGACUGUCAGCCCCGUGGUCGUCACAGAGGAGUCCGUCAGUGAAACCACUGCAGGUCCCAUCGUGCCCACCAUUGUCACCGACGAGGAAACAGCCCGAGGCGACAACUUGGGAGGCUACCCCAGUGACUACAAAUCCAUCGUCUACGUGGAGGACAAAUCCUACCAUAAGAUUCCUGCUCCCUACAAGUCCUAUGAGUUUAUCAUCACAGGAAAGAAAAUGGCCGUCGACAUGAUUGAUGGCAACGAGGUGGAGAAGUCACCAAAGGUGUACAAGGUACAGGCUCUUCAGGUCCACUCUGACAUUCUGGAGGAGGACACCAGCACACCUGAGAUGGAGAACCAGGGCCUGGAUGCCUCCUCCGGCACCUCUCAUGACCAGGACCUCAGCCCCCGCCAGGCCUCCCUUCCAGAGGAGCAGGAGAGCGCUAGCACCGGCGAAGUGAGCACCAGCGACACCACGAGCAGCGACAGUGAAAGCUCCAGUGCCCCACAGGAAGAGGAGGAGGAGGACCAGAGCGCCAGCACCACAAGCGCCAGCGCCAGCGCCAGCACCAGCCAGGAGUCCGAGGACGAGGAGAGUCAGAGCAGUGAGGAGGCCACGGCUACACCCGGAGCCUCCGACAGUGACUCAGAUGAGAGUGACAGCAGUGAGAGUGAUUCAGAUGAGGGGGCGGGACCUGACACCACCACUGACAUCCCAGUGGUCAUCACUGCCAAAUAAGCACCACACAUCAAGGAAAAGGUGUGGAUGGUGGUGUCACAUUCACAUAAAGAGUGCAUGCUGCAUCCAGGUGCAAAAAGCCCCCUCUCGAGCCACUUCCCACUGCAAGGCCAAACAGGGACAGCCAAGGCUUAAUUAUCAUUACUUUAUAUUAUGUUCAGCCAAUAUUUCUGUGAUUAUUAGUGCAUCAUUUGUGAAGAAAUGCUUUUUCUGAUCAGUUAUAUUUAAAUAAACCACUAACUCUUUACAUCCUGUGGUCUAGUUGUCAUGGUAAACCCCAUGUUUGAACCCGCAGGGGAAAAGUGGUUGAUGUAAUUUCAAGGAUGUUGAAACUGACGACUGGUACCUACAACAGGAGGUUGACUGACCUCAUGACCCUGUCCCAUCCCCUUCUCCCCACUUUUACUACAGGGAAAAAAGGUCAAAACCAGAAAAGAACAAAAGGACAAAGUUGAGAACAUAUAUCUACACUAGCACAACAAUGCAAUUAGUCAAUAAUAAAUAACUGCAAUAUGCAAACCUACAUUGUUUUUUGCUUAUGAAAUAAGAGAGAAAGUACACAGUUUAUUUAAAUAUUUGUAAUCAUUUCAAGCAUUAAAAAAUUAAAAUUGACAUUAAGUCCUACAUGUGCUGCCUGUGUGCCUUAGCUUUGUUGCUCGCUAGUAUAAAAUCUGCUGUUGUAGCUAAAAGGAUGUAAACAAAGAGAAACUCUCCAUCCUGUACAGAGUUUAGUCAGGUAUAGAUGUAGUACACACAUACAUACAACACAGUCCAGUUCAUUUGCACAAUUCCUACCUACACUACAUGUUGUUUGUCUCAUGUUUUUUACUGUAAUGUAUCAUAUUGUACCAUUC